AUGGCUUUCAAGGUACUCCUCUGCAUGGUUCUGCUGGCGAUCGCCGUCCAGGCCAAGCCUGGCGGUCCUGCCGCCUACUCGAUCAGUGCCCCCAGCGUGGACCAUGCCUCCGUGGGCAGCACACAGGAGCACACGGUGAAGGGUCACUACGGCCAGUCCUCGCAGUCGGACUACGCCAGCCAAGUGCAGACGGCACACUCGCAGUCGCACGUCCAGCGCUCGAGCAUCAGCAAUGAUGCCGGUCUGGCGCCCGUUGCCGCUCACGGCUAUGCAGCUGCUCCGGCUCAUGCCAUCGCUGCUGCGCCAGCCUACUCCCUGGGACUGGGCCACACGGCUCCCGCCGCCCAGAUCCAGGUGCAGGGCUUGGCCUACGCCAGCCAUGCCCCCGCCCCGGUUUAUAGCGGACACUAUGCGGCCACGGCACCGGCUCUUCAGAUCUCCGGACUGGGACACAGCGUGGGACACCUGGGCGGCCUGGGACACCUGGGACUGGGCGGCUAUGGCGGCUACGGAGGUUACGGAGGCUAUCUCCAUGGUGGCUAUAGCUCCUACGCUGCCGCUCCUGCCCAGCUCUCGCACGGAUAUCAAAUUGCAGCUCCUGCUCCCGUUGUGAAGUACACCGCCGCUCCGUCCUACGCUCCUGGAAUCAUUGGACACGGCAUCGGGCUGGCCGCCCCCGCUUAUGCUGCUCCCGCCUACGCCGCCCCCGCCUAUGCCACGCACCUGGCCGCUCCCGUGGUGAAGGCCGCCGUUGCCGCACCCGCACUGGUACACACAUCGGUCUCCGGCCAUGGCAUUCACUAUGGCUACUAG